GUAGGUUUAAUGUUGAUAUCAUUUUUUUGUUAGGGUGUUAUGAAUGUUGCCUCUGUAUCUCUUGAGAUUGGAUAUCCAACAUUAGCUUCAGUGCCUCAUUCCAUUGUCAAUGGCCUUAAAAAUUUGAUUGCAGUUGCUGUGGAAACGGACAUCACAUUUAAGGAAGCUGAGACGGCAAAAGAAUAUUUGAAAGAUCCUUCCAAAUUUGCUGCUGCAGUUACUACUACAGCUGCACCUGCUGGUGGAGGUGAAACUAAAGAAAAGGAGGAAGCAAAGAAAGUAGAAGAAUCAGAAGAGAGUGAAGAUGACAUGGGAUUUGGACUUUUUGAUUAAUUGAAAAGUGAAAUAAAGUCUUAAUAACCACAAGAA